AUGCAGACACAGAAGCCCGCCGCCUCGCCGCCGCCGCCACUCGCUGACGCUACACCUCCCGCUCCCAGCCAAGGUGAAGCAGGUGAGCAGCAGCGACAAGACCGUCCGCAGCCCCGUGACCAUGCCGACCGUACUGCUGCUGUCUGCGGCAGCGGUGACAGAGCCGGUGACUCUCCGUGUGAAGACCAUGAUCUAUCACCAAGCGGCGCUGGGAGUGCGGAUCCUGAGCCCAGCUCGAGCGAAGAGCUUGAUGAUAGUGGCGACGAAAAUUUCUCCCAGACGUCAAGCGGCGACGACGACGAUGAAGAGGCGUUGACGGCUGAGAGCGCGCCCAGUACCGAGGAAUCGGAGGAGGACUUAACCCUUUGUUCACCGAGGGUCAGUGCGUAA